AUGGCCAUCCCCGUACACCUAACCGUGCAUCAGCGUCAGCGCCUCCUCUCGCACCAUCUCGGUUCCGUUACGUCCUCGGGGAAGCAGAACUCCGAAAACUAUUACCAGGUGAGGAAAAUCAAAUGCGCCAGCAUGGCCGCCUUCAGGAGACAGCCCCGGAAGUCCCGCCCCGCGGGCACCGUGACCUUUGAGGAUGUGGCCGUGUACUUCUCUGGGGAGGACUGGGGUCUCCUUGAGGAGUCUCACCGACACCUGUACCAGGAUGUGAUGCUGGAGAACUUGGCACUUAUAACCUCCCUGGAUUGUCAUUGGCACCACAGGGAGCACAUUGGAGAUGAGCCCUUCGGAAGCAGCGCGAGUGGAGCCUCGGUGGGGAAGAGCUGCGGGCUGCAUGCGUCAGGAAAGCCCUUCGUCUGCGGCGAGAGUGAGGAGGACUUCUUGGUCAGCUCCGUGUUCCUCCAGCAACAGGCCACACGUACUGGGGAGAAGUUAAACAGUGGAACUGCGUGUGGGGCGGCCUUCCACAAGGGACAAACUCAGCACCACUCGGGAGACUGCACAGAAGCUUCCAGCCAUCAACACACAUUUGUUCAUCACCAUAGAGUCCCCCCUGGGGAAAGAUGUUACCCGUGCAGUGAGUGGGGGAAGUCUUCCAGCCAUAACUCUAGCCUCAUUAAGCACCAGAGAGUUCACACUGGAGAAAGGCCUUAUGCUUGUGGGGAAUGUGGAAAAUCCUUUAGCCAAAGCUCCAACCUGUUUCAGCAUUGGAGAGUUCACACUGGAGAAAGGCCUUAUGAGUGCAGUGAAUGUGGGAAAUCUUUUAGCCAAAGCUACAGCCUCAAUAACCAUCGGAAAGUUCAGACUGGAGAAAGGCCUUUUGAGUGCGGAGAAUGUGGCAAAUCCUUUAGUCAAAGAUCCAACCUCAUUCAGCAUCGGAGAACUCACACUGGAGAAAAACCUUAUGAGUGCAGUGAAUGUGGGAAGUCCUCUAAUCAAAGCUCUGCGCUCCUGCAACAUCAUACUGUUCACACUGGAGAAAGGUGCUGUGAGUGCAGUGAGUGUGGGAAGUCCUUUACCUACAAUUCCAGUCUCUUAAAACACCAGAAAGUCCACACUGGAUCAAGACCUUAUGAGAAAUCUUUUAGCCAAAAUUGCAGCCUUGUUCUACAUCUGAGAGUACAUACAGGAGAAAGGCCUUAUGAGUGCAGCAAAUGUGGAAAAUCUUUUAGCCAAAGUUCUGCACUCCUUAAGCACCAGAGAGUUCACACUGGAGAAAGGCCAUAUGAGUGCCGUGAGUGUGGGAAGUCCUUUAAGCGAAGCUCCAACUUCAGUGACCAUCGGAGAGUUCACACUGGAGAAAGGCCAUAUAAGUGCAACCGGUGUGAGAAAUCCUUUAGUAAAAGCUCUGGCUGCACUCGACACCAGAGAAUUCAUACUGGAUUGAGCCUUAUGAGUGUCUUGAAUGCGAAAGCCAUGAGCCAAAGGCCUUACCUCAUUGAUUACCACAAAACUCACAUGGGUGAAACAACUUAGUCGUGUAGCAAAUAUAUUUCCUUGUUGAGUUUAACAGCACUCGAGAUCUCCUUUGAAGAUGCCAUCUGCCUGAAUUGAGCCUCAUGCAUCCAGACACCAGAAUGAGUGGCAGGCAUGUGGCAGCUGCAUGGCAUGUUUCAGCGUGGGCCCGUGUCAAGUUUGUAUUACUGUUGGUUCUGAGGCAGCAGCCAUUCACCUCUGCCACGUGGCUGGUGCCUCACAUGUAUCAUUUCUCCAUCCUCACGUGUUCAGGGAAGUAAACCUUAGUGUCUUCCCAUUCGUGGUAAAUGUGUGAGAAGCCAUAGUACUCAUUCCUUUCUCUCUGAUGACCCAGUUGUGGUCCAGAGGACUCCAUCUCACUUUUCAAGUACUUUUUUAGGGAUGUUGUUGGUCUGGGGACUCUUGUGGAAUUUCUAGCCUCCAAGUCACCAACCCAGGAACUGGCUGCUUCCAUUGUUCUGGUUUAUGCUGUAACAAAGGCCUUAGUGUUUAACUCACCUUUAUCUUGAGUGUUAGAUUCAUUUUUAUGGGACAGUGGAGUGACAGGAGAAGCAGCUGUCGUGGGCACCCCAGUCCUGGUGCUUCAGGGGGAUGGAAUGAUGGUAGUCCUCUCUCUAGCCUUGUUUGCAUGCUGCCCGGGGCCUCUAAGGAAAUAAUGUAGGGUUUAGUAGCUAAAUUGUAGCCUGGAUACCAGGAUAUUUGGUAGUGUCAGAGCUCAUUCUGAAGAGGGGGGAGUUGUGACAACGUCUGGUACUUCUGGGAACAACAUAACAUUGUUCCCUCUGCAGGGGAUACUGCAUCGUGGUCAGCACUGGGGCAGGAGCUCUGUUCCCCGGCCCUGGGAACGAGGGAUGCUCCCUGAUGUCCCGAAUUCUGUGUGGUAGUGUCACGGGCUGAGAGAUUAUAGGGAAAUCGUAAUUGUACACAACUAAUGGGUAAAUAGAGAAUGCGAGGGACUGCAACAUCUGGUUGGAAGGAGCCUCCUUUAAGUUUUUUUAUGUUUUUAAAUUUAUUUUUGAGAGACAGAGAGAGUGCAAGCAGGGGA